AUAACCAGACACAUUCAGAGUGUCUGCUGCUCAAGAACUCUCGCAAUGUUUGACGAAGGAGACGAAGCCGACAGCGGCGAGAGAGCCCACGAGUCUCCCUCACCGCCUGCGCCUGUCCGUCCAUCCUCGCCGCGGCCCCUGGACCUCUUCUCCUCCGCCUCUCCGCUGUUGGGGGACACAGAGCCGCCUUACCUCGCCGCCCCGGAGUGUCUUUACCCGUCUCCAGAAAACCAGGAGCCCGGGGACUCCCCACACUUCACACCGCCAAAGUUAUGCCAGAGCAUCGGGGACCGCGGCUCUCCGUUUCCUUCGCGGCAGGAUGCGCGGACGGACGCGCUGUUCGACCGUUGCGAUGACUUGUUCCCCAAGUGGAGGGGACGCGGCGCGGCGAACAAUGACGGCGUUAAGCACCGCGGUCAGAGACUCCACCGGACACUGGAGCGCUCGGACCACGGGAACCACUCUGUUGAGCACGGGGACGCCGACAGCAGGCCAGCGGUGGACGCCAUGCAUCGGCGGCACACCACGCUGAGAGAGAAGGGGCGCCGCCAGGCAGUGCGGGGCCCAGCCUACAUGUUCAACGAACGUGGCUCGGCCCUCACUGCGGAGGAGGAGCAGUUUCUGGACGCGGCUGAAUACGGAAACAUUCCUGUGGUCCGCAAAAUGCUGGAAGAGUCCAGAACCCUUAACUUCAACUCUGUGGACUACAUGGGCCAGAAUGCUUUGCAGCUGGCAGUGGGCAACGAGCACCUCGAAGUGACAGAGCUGCUUCUAAAAAAGGACGGUUUGGCGAGGAUCGGCGAUGGCCUGCUUUUGGCUAUCUCCAAAGGUUACGUCCGAAUCGUCGAAGCCAUUCUCGCCCACCCUGCCUUUGGGGGAGGUCUCCGACUUGCUUUGAGCCCUCUGGAGCAGGAGAUGCAUGACGAUGACUUUUACGCGUACGACGAGGACGGAACACGUUUUUCACAUGAUGUCACGCCCGUCAUCCUGGCCGCUCACUGCCUGGAGUAUGAGAUCGUCCACAUCCUGUUGACGAAGGGGGCGCGCAUUGAAAGGCCACAUGACUACUUCUGUAAUUGUCCAGAAUGUGUGGAGAAACAGAAGCAAGACGCGUUCAGUCACUCCCGGUCCCGGAUGAAUGCGUACCAAGGCCUGGCCAGUGCGGCCUACCUGUCACUCAGCAGCGAAGACCCCGUGCUGACCGCCCUCGAGCUCAGCAAUGAACUGGAAAGACUGGCCAACAUCGAGACGGAGUUCAAGAAUGAAUACCGUAAGCUGUCCAUGCAGUGUAAGGACUUUGUGGUGGGUGUGUUGGACCUAUGUCGGAACACAGAGGAAGUGGAGGCCAUACUGAAUGGCGACGUGGACCAGUGCCCUCCCAGCGCCUACAACCGGCCCUGCCUCAGCCGUGUCAUACUGGCCAUUAAGUACGAGGUCAAGAAGUUCGUCGCCCAUCCCAACUGUCAGCAGCAGCUGCUGACGAUCUGGUACGAGAACCUGCCCGGCCUGAGGCAGCAGUCCAUGGGGGUGAAGUGCUGGACAGUGCUGGGCGUCGCCGCGGGUCUGCCCUUCCUGGCGGUUGCCUACUGGGUAAUGCCGUGUAGCAAGCUUGGUCAGGUCCUGCGAAGCCCCUUCAUGAAGUUCGUGGCUCACGCCGUCUCCUUCACCAUCUUCUUGGGUCUGCUGGUUGUCAACGGCUCUGACCGCUUUGAUGGCGUCAAGAACCUGCCCAAUGAGACCAUCACAGACCACCCGCGGCAGGUGUUCAGGGUCAAGACCACACAGUUCUCCUGGACUGAGAUGCUGAUCAUGAAAUGGGUGUUGGGUAUGAUUUGGUCCGAAUGUAAGGAGAUCUGGACCGACGGGCCCAGAGAGUACAUCAUGCACCUGUGGAACAUUCUGGACUUUGGCAUGUUGUCCAUCUUCGUGGCGUCCUUCACGGCCCGCUUCAUGGCGUUCCUCAAGGCGUCCAAAGCCCAGCAGUAUGUGGACAUGCACGUACCAGACGCAGACAUCAGCAACGCCUUGCUGCCCGCCGAAGUCGCCUACUUCACUUACGCCAGGAACAAGUGGCGCCCCUCAGACCCCCAGAUCAUUUCGGAAGGCCUGUACGCCAUCGCUGUGGUGCUGAGCUUCUCCCGCAUCGCCUACAUCCUGCCAGCAAACGAGAGCUUCGGCCCGUUGCAGAUCUCACUGGGGCGCACGAUCAAAGAUAUCUUCAAGUUCAUGGUCAUAUUCAUCAUGGUUUUUGUGGCCUUCAUGAUUGGCAUGUUCAACCUGUACUCGUACUAUCUGGGGGCCAAGUACAAUCCUGCCUUCACCACGGUGGAGGAGAGUUUUAAGACUCUUUUCUGGUCGAUCUUCGGGCUGUCUGAAGUGAUCUCCGUGGUGCUGAAGUACGACCAUAAGUUCAUCGAGAACAUCGGCUACGUGCUGUACGGAGUCUAUAACGUCACCAUGGUGGUCGUCCUUCUCAACAUGCUCAUUGCUAUGAUCAACAGCUCGUACCAGGAGAUAGAGGAGGACGCCGACGUAGAGUGGAAGUUUGCCCGAGCCAAGUUGUGGAUCUCCUACUUUGACGAGGGCCGCACGCUGCCCGCCCCCUUCAACAUGGUUCCCAGCCCAAAGUCCUUCUACUACCUGGUCCUCCACAUCAAGUCCUGUCUGAUACGCCUCUGCAAAGCCAACAGCCAUCGCCAUAACAACGAGCUGGAGCUGGGCAUGCUCAACUCGCAGGCCACGGAGGAACGCCUCAGGACUUAUCCACGCCCGGGAGAAGAGUUCAUCCUCAAAAGAUCUAGAAAACACCCGACCAGAUACGAGAAUAUCAUGAAGCGCCUCACGAAGAGGUUUGUGCUCAAGGCCCAAGUGGACAGAGAGAGCGAUGAAGUCAAUGAAGGUGAGCUGAAGGAGAUCAAGCAAGACAUCUCCAGCCUCCGUUACGAGCUCCUGGAGGAGAAGGCCGAUGCGGCCGGAGAGCUGGCUCUGCUCAUCCAACAACUCGGCGACAAGUUUGGCAAGAACACCAUGAGGACCUGACAGGACUCACGGGAGGAGAGAGAGGACUUAAAGGACGGACGGACUGGCUAACCGGCUGCGUGCGCCUUCACCGGACCUGGAGGGAAGUAGGGAAUAGCUGAACUGUCGUGUUAACUAAUGUUAGAGGUAGAGAAAAUGUGAUCCAGUAAUAAUGCAGUUUAUUAAACUGCUAAUUCUGCCCAUGAGAAUUAAGAUGUAAUUUAUUGUGAAGUUUAGAAUUUUAUCAACAAACAACGAUAAACGGAUGUAGAUACAAAUAGGGGGCUAAAGAUUAUGUUGAUCAGUUAUAGUAUCAGUCCAUCAUGUAUAAGCAGCCUAUUUUGGAUUUUGACAACACGAAAAUAGCCACUGGCCCGUUAUUCAAACCUGAACACCAUCAGGAUCCAGCAACUUGAAAGAGAUUAUUAUGUUUCUAGAAUAGAGAAUGCUUCCGUAAUUUCUAAAAUGUAGUUUCUUGCUCGAUGGCAUGACAUUCUUUUCUUCCCACUGCAUCAUGGAAAAGGUAAACAUCCAGCAUUUACACAACACAAGGCCGCAUAUGUUGUUGUUGUUGUUGUUUUAAAACUUCAUGAAUGAGACAGUUUUGGUAUUUUACAUGUGAUCAGAUUGGAUGAUUUUGAUAAAUCAAUCCCUUUCAUCCCUUUAAAACCCAUUGGAUAAUAAAGAACAGCACAUCUUAUCAAGCUAAAACACCACGCUUGUGUUAUUCCUUUGUUGUGUCGAUGCUAACAACAACACGCUGCGCUCCGUAGGUAAGGAUGAGCAUACAGCUCAUAUGAUCACUUAGAGAGCUGCCAUUGCAUCGGUCCAUUUGUGUGGUUGGGAAAAAACAAUCUGACCCUUUUCAAUUUAAAAUCAUUAACCAGUACAACAACAAAAAGAGUUAUUGCCAUAAUACAUUUAUCCAUAUUUAAAUGCUUACAGGUUGUUUGUAAAGCUUCUACCAUUAAAAGCCUGAGUUCCCUCGUAGGAAUAACAUCCAGAACAUUUUGUAGGGUUUAAUUUAGCGACCAUUUUUAAUCAGAAGACUUUAAACACAAUUGAAAGAGUUGACUUAUGAGCGAUAUCAGGGACCGUGUUUUGGUUCAGGUCCAUUAAUGUUGUUCAGUCAAGUUUUAAUUUGAGUAAGUAGUGUGACUUGUGUCUUUCUUCAUUUUUACUGUCAGAGUCAACGAGCAGCAAACUAUUUUCUGUGUGCAGAACCGAGCUAGGAAUGAACUCCCAGAAAAGGUUUUAUGAUUCCUACUGCUUUAAACACAAAAUUAACUACAACACUGUAUUUUUCACUUCUACGCAAGAACUAUUGAUUAAUGCAAAAUAUUGUUCUGUAUAUUGUCAUAUUUUUGAUCCUUGAAUUAAAGUGAGUACACUCUAAACUGUUUAA